GAAUUUGGUAGAGGUCAGGUAAGCAUGAAUCUGCAACCUCUUCUGUUCUAAACUUUGGUUUUUCUGUCUAAUUUUAUUUUAAUGUUGCUUAGUUGGGCCGUGGGAAAUCCGAAAUCGAGCAACCAUUUUGAAUAUGAAAAGGGAUAUUCCAACCAUAAAGCAAAAGGGGAAGAAGGUACAAGGCAUUAGGAUUAGGCAAAGAAGGAGAUAGCUGAAAUUCUUGACAGACAGCCCAAAAAAAGAAAACGCGAAGGGGAAAGCUGGAAAACUCUCCAUCUUCCCCACCGCCUGAAGAAAAAAAAAAACUUCUGGUUUGUGAUCGCGUGACGACGUGAAGGCAAACUCGAUUACCGUUAGGCGCAGGAGGUUGAUCGGCGGCCGUUUUUGCCUUCCUGUGCUUCACUUCCGUCCGUCUGUUCCCUUAACGGUAAAACCCAAUUUCCGAAAAUUUCCAACAUUGUGCAUAAACCCUACCGCAAAGCCAACCCCUUUCUGUAAUUUGUGAUGACUCUCUUGUUUUCUAGUUAGAACCCUCGAUUCUGAUCGUAAUUCGAGGGACCCAAUACGUGUAUCUCUCGAAUUGACAUCUUAAGCUUGAGAGAGUGACCUUCAGAAUGUCAAUUUAGGGCCCCAGCUGGUUAGCAACACCCCCAAAGGUCCUGUCUUUAAUUGGUGGACUACCAGAAAGUAGCCAAAGUCGGACAUUUUGUUGUGGUUUUAGUCCAUUCAGGCUUGUGGCAAAUCUGUGAUUAACGACUUUGGUCGAGCUCAUUUAGCUGUCUUACCCUGAAACAGAAUUUGUCUAGCUGCAUCACUUUUAGCUUUCCUUCACUGUGAUUCUUUUUCACUCUGAUAGUUAGAUGACCGCACUUCUGAUCGAUUGUUAUGGGGAGCUUCAUUCCUAUGCAAUGUUAUCCUCCAUAGUAGAAGUUUUUCCAUGUUAUCCAGUUUUGUCGUCGCCCUUCUUUUGGUCUUAUCCCUUAUGGUGUUUUCUUGAUGACCUUCCGGCAUCCCUCUCUAUCUUUGUUAUGAGUAACCGUCUUUUGAUUGAGUAGUCGUAUAAUGUGCUUUGACGCAGGACAAAUUCAUCUUGUUGUCUGUCCUGCAGCCCAACAACAUUCUGAUGAUGACAGACACAUCUCAGGAGUUAGUAAAAGACAGUGACCAUACUGGUCACCACACAAGAGAAAACGGUGAAUAUAUUAGGCUUGUCAUGUCUGAUGAACCAAAUCCGACUCUACCACAUGUAUCGGAACCUCCAACACCAUCAAAGUCCAAGUCUUCCCAGCGUUGGACCAAAAUUCUAACGUUGUGCAUAGUGAUUGGCUUAGUUGUCUUCAUUUCAAUCAAAUGGGUCUUACCCUUUCUUUUCAAAAAGGUUCUGUACCCAAUAAUGAAAUGGGAAGCAACUGCCUUUGGACGUCCUGUACUUGCUCUUGUGCUUGUCGGUUCUCUGGCAUUGUUCCCUGUAUUCUUAAUUCCUUCAGGCCCUUCUAUGUGGUUAGCUGGUAUGAUCUUUGGAUAUGGCAUUGGGUUUGUCAUAAUCAUUGCUGGAACAACGAUUGGGAUGAUCCUGCCUUUCUUCAUUGGCCUGUUUUUUCGUGAUCGUAUCCAUCAAUGGUUAGAGAGGUGGCCCAAGAAAGCUGCCAUACUGAGACUAGCAGCAGAAGGGAACUGGUUCCAUCAAUUUCGAGUGGUUGCCCUUUUCAGGGUAUCCCCAUUUCCAUACACAAUUUUCAACUAUGCAAUAGUCGUCACAAGCUUAAGAUUUUGGCCCUACAUAUGCGGUUCAGUUGCUGGAAUGAUCCCGGAAGCUUUUCUUUACAUCUACAGUGGUCGACUCAUCAGGACGCUAGCUGAAGUGAACUAUGGGAAUCAUCAUCUAACGCCAGUGCAGAUCGUGUAUAACGUGAUCUCGUUUAUCAUUGCUAUCAUAACUGUCAUAGCUUUUACCUUGUACACAAAGAAAGCGUUGGACACACUUGAAAAUGGAGAGUCUACUGGCAUCCCGAUCUCAGCAGCACACGUUAGUUACGAGAUGGGUAAGCUGCCACAUGAGAGAUCCAACCAUAUGGUUCUGUCAUCUUUUGUGUCAUGACGCCCCCAACUAGAUUUAAAUGAAAUUAUCAUUGCCCCCUGUAAAAAGUAUCCCCCUGCAAACUACUAACCCUAAUUUUGCCUCUUGUUUAGCUAUAAUCAAUGUUUCGGUCUCCCUGUUUGUACUUACAAUCUAGAAAGACAAAAUCCAGUACUUGUGAUUUACUCCAGAAACAGAUGUUUACAGUGGCUGUAAUUCUCUGGGGAAUAACAGAGUUGCACUAUUUCGGUGUGGUUACAACAGGAAAUAAAGAUUGAGAAGAAAGCAUUGUAGAUUCUAAUCUAUGCCACCUGUUUGUGUACAAGUCCAAAGAAGCAGGUUUUGGUUUGUAUAUUCCAUCAAUAUGAUUACUAUGAACAGCCAUUGUAAGAAAAACGUCACACUGAA